AUGGCGCCAGAAAGGUCGGGAAAGAGCGUGUUCCUUGGAAAUAUUCCCUACAAUCUAACAGAGGAGCAAGUGAAAGACAUACUGAGUUCUGCAGGGACAGUAACGAAAUUCAGGCUCAUGAUCAACCCCGAGACCGGAAAACCAAAGGGUUAUGGAUUUGCAGAUUUCGCAGAUGCAGAUGCAGCCGCGUCCGCCAUACGUAAUUUAAACGAUUAUGAGGUUAUGGGACGCAAGAUUCGAGUCGAUUGGCCUCACAACAACGAGAAAGAUUCCGUACCCCCAGAUUAUUCCCAGCAGGCACAGCCAGGCAUGCCAGGUGGGCCUGGACAAGAUGGACAGAGCUCGCAGGCCCCUCUGCUACCAGCUCUGCCUCCUGGUGCCGACCUGCCUCCAAAUCUGACAUGCCCGAACGCUAUAUCACAGACUCUGUCCUCUCUGCCAGCCCCUCAACUCCUCGACGUUCUCUCUCAGAUGAAAUCACUGGUCAUGGCCGACCCCGCUCGUGCCACAGAAUUACUGAGACAAGCACCGCAGCUGGCGUAUGCUAUAUUCCAGGCACUUCUUCUCAUGAACCUUGUUGACUACAGCACGCUGGGUUCAGUGGUAGAUCAAGCAUCACAGGCCCAGGCAGCUCAACAAGCACCUCCCUCGAUGCAGCAGAAAUAUCAGCAAUUCCCGCCAGCACCAGGUCAGGUAGCAACUCCUCCUAUCCACGGCACUCCCUUCGCGCCUCCACCACAGGCGCCGCCGCAACAACAAGCACCGCCACCAGCAGCCCAGGUUCCUGGUCAAGAGGAAUUAUUACAACAAGUCCUGAGCAUGCCACAGGCGGCGAUAGACGCACUACCGCCAACAGAAAGAAACCAAAUCAUGGUUUUGAGACAACAGCUCCUCCAGGGCGGUAUGAGAUGA